GGAAGGGGAACCGUGGAAGAGCAGCAGGUGUCGGACAACUCGGACUUGGCAGAAGCUUGAUGGCUUUAUUUAGAAAAUCUGGAAACUAAAGAGGAGAAAAAAGAAGAACUGAAGGUAGGAGAGAGUUCAGAAAAAGAAGCGAAGCGUUGAAAUAAGAAUAUUUUAUAAACCCAGUGAGUCCUAAACGAGGUACAAAUGAGAUGAAAAUCAUUUUAUUCUUCUGCUUCAGUGAAAAACCAAGUCUGCAGAAUAACUGUGCAGCUUGAAUCACACAAUUCAGAUUGGUAUUCAGAACAUCUAGAAUCUUCCUUUGCUUCAGCUUCCUCGUCCUUAAGAAGGAGAUGAUGGGCAGCAGCUGGACCUAUUUAUGAUGCUGCAGCCCGUCUGAGAGGCAAGGCGAGGGUGGAGGAGCCACGCUUUAAUUAUCACCAUGAAGAUCAAACACCAGAUCUGAGUCAGCAUUAGUGACUAAACCUAACCCACUGGGAAACUUCCUCAGCCCGCUGCAAUUUAAAAUGUUGUUCAUCAAGAACAAACAUGUUGGGAUGGAUAGGAUGAACAAGCAUCAGUCUAAUGUUCAAUUGUAAGGCUGUAGGUUGAAGUCCAUCUGUUGCAGUUGUUGUGUCAUUGGGCAAGGCACUUAACCUUCCUUGUCUGCUGGUGGUUAUCAGAGAGAACGCCAGCGACUGGCAGCUGUGGCCACGCUGUAGCUCAUCACCACCAGGGUGUGAACGUUUGUGUGUAUUCAUAUUCAUUUAUUUAUGUCAUAACAAAUACAUAUAAAACACAUGAAAAGGAAAAUAAAUAUCUAAUAAAGAACAUAAUAAUAAUUAUCACAGGUACAAAUUCCUCUUGUAAAUUAAACAGUUUCUUUAGAUAUAAUUUAUGAGCGAAAAGGUAUAGGCUGACGUUAAACUUAUUUAAGCCUACCCAUUAAUUCAUUACAAAAAAUCAACAUUGUCAUAAAUAUCAAAAGUAAAUAAAUAUAUAAACAAUACAGUUAUUACAUGCAUCAUCCUAAUUUCAACAAAAUCAAUCAAGAGGUGUAAACAUGAAUAAAACAAAAACAAUUGAAAUCAAUCAAGAGGUGUAAAACGUGUGACAAAACUAAUUUUGGUGCACUUGGUAAUUACGUAAGGCAUUAUUUUUAAAACUCUUUUUGAAUAUUUUCAACGAGCAUGAAUUUUUUAAUAUAUCCUCGAGGCUAUUCCAUAAACUCACUCCUCUUACUGAGAUACAUCUUUGUUUUUUAUUGGUUCUAAUAUUCUUUUUUUUUUUGAAAAUCCCAUUUCCUCUUAGACUAUAUCCACCUUCCCUUUGUUCAACCAUCCUUUGGAGAUAAGGUGGAAGUUGAGCCUGAUAUGCCCGAUAUACUACAACCAGUGUAUGCAGGUCAAUAAUAUCGUAAAAUUUUAGAAUUUUUUAAUGGAUGAAGAUAGGAUAUGUUGGAGCAAAAUAGUUAGCAUGGGAAAUUAUGUGUGAGAAGGGUUGUGUUUUCAAGCGCCUUGGGGGGUUGUUGUAGCCUAGUGAACUAGACCAAAUUCUUACUUUGCAAAGUUUGGUCUAGGCAUGCUCCAUUGGAACCUCCGCAGCUCCUACCAGGACUGGCUAGCCAAUCACAGCUCUCAAGAGGGGUUUCAAACACAUAAAGAGCUGUGAUUGGUCAAUAAUGGUGGGCCAAUCAUAGUGCUCUAUCUGCUUAGUGAACAAAUCACAGAGCUUUAUCCACUUUGUGGGCCAAUCAGGGCACUCUAUAUGCUUGGUGGGCGGGAUGAUGCAACAGAGUGAAACAAGAUGGCGACAGCUCGUUUGAAACGGCUUUUACAUCCAUGUUGGACUAUUAGAACUUGGGCUUCAUUAGAAUCAGGAGCAGAUAGAUGUAUUUAAGUACUGUUUUUUAGAAAAAAUGAUUUUUCUCCUUCUUCAACUGCGGACCACCCCAUUUACCGAUGGCUGUUGCGGUUAGUAUGUCACAUUCAUUGUCCAGUAGCAUGCAGAGAUCAUUUGAAAGACAACGGUAGAACCCGCCCCACAACCGAGAGCCGUCAAUGGAGCGUGGCCAGACUAAAUAAUACAUUUAUUUAGUCUGGCUUGCCAGGCUAGGGUUGUUGUACUCUAGAAGGCGCUACACAAAUGCAGGCCAGUUACCAUUUUUAAAACAAUUUCUCAAGUUUUCUCUCUUCUUCCUCCUGCGUGUGCUUCAGACCCAUCACAGGUGCAGGAAUGAUUGUUAAAGGAAACAAACUAAAGCUGCAUCUUCUCUCACCUCAGAUCAAACGACCAGCUGAUGCUGUAGCCUGGUCAGAUCAUCUAGUACUGGAAACACACACACACACACACACACACACGGACACACACACACACACACACACACACACACACACACACACACACGGACAAAUGGCCAAGAGCCGUGAAGACCCGCCCAUCCUGACGGAGCAAGAGGAGCUACAGAGCAGAGCCAAUCAGGUCACAGAUGAGUCCCUGGAAAGCACGCGACGGAUGGUUCAGUUGGUCGAGGAGAGUAAAGACCUCGGGAUCCGGACUGUGGUGAUGUUAGAUGAACAAGGAGAACAGUUGGAGCGAAUUGAGGAAGGAAUGGAGUCCAUAAACAGGGACAUGAGGGAGGCAGAGAAGAACCUGACGGACAUGGCCCAGUGCUGUGGUCUGUGCAUCUGGCCUCUCAGGAAACUGAAGGCCUUUGAGGAGAGCGGGGCGUACAAGGCGGUGUGGGGCGGAGCCUCCAAUCAGGACGGUGUGGUGUCCAAUCAGCCACCAUCGUCUCGGGUCGUUGACGAGCGAGAGCAAAUGAUCAUGAGCGGCGGACACAUCCGCAGGGUGACCAACGACGCCCGAGAAGAUGAGAUGGAGGAGAACCUGACUCACGUUGGCAGCAUCGUGGGGAAUCUGAAGAGCAUGGCUCUGGACAUCGGCAACGAGCUGGAGUCCCAAAAAGACCAGAUCGAUCGCAUACGAGAGAAGGCUAAUCUCAACGUGUCCCGGAUCGAAGCCGCCAACCAGAAAGCUACCAGCCUAAUGAAACGAUAGAACUGCCCUUCACCCCUCCUCAGUUUCUGCCACCCUGAGCUUUGUUUCCCCUUACUGUGCUGUUGGAGAUUCACGUAUUAUCCUCAGGAACUUCUGAGAUGAUGAUGCUGAUCCUUUGUGUUAGAUUUGUUCAUAUCAGAGACCAACUGUUAGAGGUCUUCAGCCUGCGGCCCUGGAGCCAUGUGUGGUUCCUCAGCUCUUUGUAGCUGUGACCGAGGAAAACUCAAACCUGACUAAUGUUUAAAUUGACAACAUAAAAGGCGUUUUAGUAUUUUUCACCUCCAGAAUUUGAAGAGUCCAGACAGACUGAGCUUUCCAUCAAUUUAUUAGCAGAAAAAGCUAAAAGUGACUCUUUUUUCCACUAAAAUGCUUUUUAAAAAUAUUUAGUUAAACUGUUCAGACUGAAAAAUCUGCUUAUCGGAACCAAACAGUGUCAUUUUCUGACACAGGCCUAUAUGGUUUAUAGGCAUCGUAAUGAAACUUUAUAAAAGAUUGAAAACAUUUUAGAGGACCAGUGUAUUUUUAGCUUUAUACAAAAAAACAAAACAAAAAAAUCAUAAAAUUAGCACUUGCAUGCGUUUGUGUUUCCUCCUAUAAGGCAGCCUAGUCACUCAGCAGAAUUCAUGGGAGCUUUUAAUGACCCGUGCUGGGAAAGUGGGUCGCUGCGGCAGAACUAUCACCAGCAGCAACAGCAGGAGCAGAACCACACUGAUGAUCUAUAAAAUCUAAAAUGUUAACGCAAUAAUGUGAAUAGCGCAGUGUUGAUAAGCUUCCUGGGUGUGACGUUAAAUUCUAAGACCAAAUCUUGUUUUUUUUUCACAAAUAAAAUAAUUAACCAUUCAAAGAAAAAGAUAAAUUAAUGUCACAGCUGUCAGAUGAGAUCCCAGUAUAGAUCCACCUUCCAGCACCCAGUUCCCAGUCUGAGACACGUAUGUGUGGUGGUGCCCUCUGUAGGCCACCGCGGGUAUUGCUCUGAGGAAGGAAACACGUAUUUAUUUUAAGAAGAUGGUCUCUGGCGACACCAAGCGGACAAACCUGGAGCUGCGCCUCCUCGGUCUCCACAUCUGCCACUGCGAUGCGAUGGGAUUAUGUAAAUAAUCUGUAAUUUCAAGAGGAAUCUAUUCUAAUCAAGGUUUUGCUAAAAAUACCAAAAGAUUUCUUAGGAAUGAUUUGCACAGUAUGGUUGGUUUUUUGAACACAUUGUAUUUUAUAAGUGGCUAAUUUGAUUGAUUUGCACUUUGAUCAGUUUAAUGGCAUUUUAGUUUAUUUUCUUCUUGACAUAAACUCACGUUCUGAAUAUUAUUUAGCAGUUUUUAAUAAUCUGAUUAGUGAUUGGUUGUGCAUUUCUUAAUUCCUAAAAUUGUUGGAAUACAUAUUUUAUGGUAUAAAAUCAGUCUGAUUUAAAUGACAACUAACCAAGUUACUUACACU